AACRAGGAGGUUGUUGUUUUGCUCAAAGAAAAGCACAAAAGAAUUUCUUGCUAAAUUUUGGCGUAAAAAUCGUCAUUACCAUAAUAGCUCUAGUAAAUCUUGUUCAAAGUCUCAUUCGUUGAUUCGCGAUGCUUUCAUUUACGAAAACUCGAAGAAAAUCAAUCCAUAUUUAGGAGGAAUUCCGACAUUUGAAAAAAGUUGGGUUUCAUGCGUAUGUAAAGUAACAAAAGAAGUUUUUGAGCGUUCGUCCUUUCUUACGUAUUUUAAUGGUUAUAGGAAUGAUCAUUCACAAAAACAACAGAAUCAAGAAAUAAUGGAUUCCAAAAAAACCCUAUUUGAGACCUCAGACCAAGAAGACAGCAUAGAUGAAACAACAGAGUCGGACAGCCAUUAUACAGAGCAAAUCUCAGCUACAUCUCUUAUCCUAACUGGUGGCACGAUAAAUGAAGAAAUACUUGAAGAGCAUAGCAUUAGUCAGACAAAAUUUGAAGAGCCAUCAGACUCACACAGCGUAGAGGAAGAGGAUGAACUAUUAAUUCCAUUGAAUUUUUUCUUGCACAGUGCCACUGAUGAAGUUAAGACUACUACUAAAAGUGAAAAAAAGAAAUCCGAGAAACAAGAAAGGAGACAAAGAGAAAAAAAGAAAAAAAGAAAACUUGUGCAUAGCUGCAGCGAACUUGAAGAUGAAAAUGAAACGACCAUAUUGGAGGAUAGUGCUGUUAUAAAGAAAGAUAAAAGCAAGAAGGGUAAAGAAAGAAAGAAAAUAAAAAAGCAAAGAGAAGAGAAUGAAAGUAAAGAUGAAAGUGACCAUGAAUUAAUUCCAAAAAAGACAAGACCCAACUACUUUGUAGCAGUUCGAGUGUCAAAUCCUACAAUUCACUCGUCUGUAAAAGUCAUUCAGGAUUCUAUGGUGAACUUUGAUAAGCUACUACAACCAGCUUUGAUUCCUAUUAGUACUUUACAUAUUACACUCAUGGUCAUGCAUCUACAGACAGAAGAGGUAGAAAAAGCAGUUGAAGUUCUCAAAAGUUGUGAAAGGGAUUUUAAGGAUCUUUUUGAUGAAUCUUUGUCAAUGACUUUUGAGGAACUUGCACAUUUUAGAAAUGAAGUUGUUUUUGGCAAAAUGAACAAUGAGGAGGAAGUGGAGAAGCUAAAGUUAUUGGCUACAGUUGUUAGAAACAACUAUGAGAAGAAUGGAAUCUUAUCAACAGAUGAUCGUCCAUUUACCCCCCACCUUACAAUCACGAAACUCUCACGUAUGCAAAAGAAAAGAAAAAGAAAGCUUAAGAAAAUCCCACCAGAAAGCUAUACUUCAUGGCUUGACUGUGAGCUUGGAAAAGAGACAGUCAGUGAAGUUCUAUUGUGUUCCAUGAACCAUGAAAAAGAUGAAGAGGGUUUUUAUCACUGUGCUGGUUCAGUAUGUAUAUCUGAUGGCAUUGAAACUAUUCACGAGACAACUGAACCUUCUCAAGACUGAGUGACAUCAUAUCUAACCGGGCAGGUGGGUGGAGGAAGGGAACACUUGGGUCAGUUUUGAUGGGGAUGUUGAUGGGGAUGUGCUCCUGAGAUCACUAAAGCCUUACUGUCUGAGUCUUGAAAAUCUUGAAAAAUAUGGCCAGGUUUUUGUCUUUUGACUUUUUGUCUUUUGACGUUUUGUCUUUCUUGGGAAUGCUUGUAACCCAUCAAUGAACUUGAGACAUGAGAAGAAUUCUAGACCUGUUGCUAAGACAAACACAUAUUUUGCUUUAUUUAAAAAAGUGAUUGUGAUAUAUUUUAUUACUAUUAGUUUUAUUUGUGGUAAGCUAAAUAUCAAUCCCUAAAACAUUUGAAGAAAUCACUACAAUAAAAACAAAAUUUAAUACUCUU